CUCCGCAACUGUGUCUUGAACAAGCAAAUACCUCCCACUGUUGUGGCUCGCGCGCUGGCCAUCCUCAACACCGCCAUCUACAACUCGUAUGCGGUGUUCGACCCUGUCAUGGUGCCGUUUCAGUGCAACUGCUCCAAGCUGUCGUCGAGCUCCAACUUCCGCAGUGUCGCCCUCGCUGCUGCUGCAUAUACCGUCUUGGUCGACCUGUUUCCGGGCUGCGCCCCAGCAUUCAAAGUGCGCUAUGAAACUUCACAAGCCAUCCGGGACGCCAGCAGGCUGGGGCGCAAGGCGCUGGCCAAUGGCAUCUAUGUCGGCCAGGAAGUUGCCCGUCGGGUUCUCAAACUCCGUCACCUCGAUUGCUCCAACCAACUUGGCUCCCAGGGUGGAUUCGGCAACUACUCGGACUACACCCUGUAUACGUCUAUGAACCUUCCGAGUGUGAACGUGUUUGCCAACCGCUGGCAGCCUCUGCGAUUGCCCCUUGGCGGCGACUAUGGGGCGUGGGACGACCAGGUCUUUGUGACCUCUCAUUGGGGCUUGGUGCGGCCGUUCAGCCCGCUCAACUCGGAGGCAAAAACUCCAGGAUCCACUCGACUUGCGCUCCAGCGGCCGAGCGACUCCGAGUUGGCCCUGCUCAAUCAGCAAAUGAUUGCCUACAGCGCCAAUCUGACCGACGGUCAGAAGAUGGAAAUUGAGUUUUGGGGUGGGCCCAAUGAACCAGCCCACACGCUCCCGGCAAUCUGGACGCUGUUUGCCGAAAAUAUCGCCAUCAAGCAAAGCCACACUCUGAAGCAGGAUGUGGUCAUGUUCUUGUAUCUGUCCAAUGCAUUGCACGACGCCGCUAUCGCCGCCUGGGACAUGAAGCGGGCCCUGGAUUCGGCCCGGCCAAUUACCAGCAUCCGCACUCUCCUGAAAAACCAGCCCAUUGUUGCUUGGGGCGGGCCUUUCAAGGGCACACUUGCGAUCUUUGGCCAGGACUUUGUGCCAUAUGCCGCCAGCGACUCACUCACUCCAAGCUCGCCCGAGUUUGUCUCGGACCACGCCGCCUUCUCCAGCGCGGCUGUCGAGGUACUGCAGUACGUCACCCGAUCAAAUCGGUUAGGCUUGAGCUUCACCUUCCGACCAGGUUCAUCGCGGGUCGAGCCUGGACGGGUGCCAGCCAAGACGACCAUCCUAUCAUACAAGACUCUGGCGGAUGCCCUUGAUGCAGCUACUCAAUCGCAGGUCCGCGGGGGCUUCCAGUACCCGUUCUCGAUCCAGGCGGGGCUGACGAGCGGACAGCUGGUGGCCUCGCGUGUCAUUGAUCUUGCCAACAACUACAUCAACGGGACUGCGACGUAUUAGCCCAGGACGACAGAGUGGCCGAUUCGUGGCCGAUUCCGGGCCAUGUGGCCUGGUUGGCGAGUCAACAUUCUUGUGAUUCAUGAACCCCUUGAAAUCAAUACAACGUAUCCAAAAUGAAGCGGGACCGGCCUACUUUGAGUCAAGGCUGUCGCUAUUCCUUGGCCUUGGACACACCAAUCACCUCGAUCUUCACACCGGAACUGCGAUUCCAUGCCUUGAUCCACUGUCUGCCCAGGGCUGCAUCCACUUCAGCGUCCAAGAGCACCGUGAUCAUCGUUAGACAUCACAUAUUACGCUGCCGAAAUGGGAGUGGGAUGGUGUCCAGUGUUUUCCUGAAUAUAGCGUUAUACCAACUUGCCUGGGCCUCUGAUGUCUUCGCAA